AUGUGUGCAGCGGCUGUGGCUAUAGGUGAGUGCGAUGGGCAGUGCUCGAACGACUCUCAAGACAUGCUGGAAGCCGUGAAGAUGGCGUGCAUUGUGAAUCCUGUGAGUGGUGACAGGCUCACAACCCCCAAGUAUCGCCACUGGUUGUCCCCAAGGGAAGUGCUCAGAAUGGCAGCAGAGGGAGGUGCGACAGCAGUGGGCAUGAGAGGGCAAGCAGACCCGGGGCAAUCAAACCAAGACCUCACAACCCCCGAGUAUCGCCACUGGUUGUCCCCAAGGGAGGUGCUCAGAAUGGCAGCAGAGGGAGGCGCGGCAGCAGUGGGCAUGAGAGGGCGGGCGGGGGCGAUCAAGCGAGGCUACGUGGCGGAUGCUGUGCUGGUGGACCUGACUGCCCUCUCCAUGCUGCCUCGAGCCGACCCCGUGGGGCAACUCGUGCUCACCCGGCAAAGGUGGGUGGGAUGUUGGUGGGUAGGGCCAGGUACUGGGAAGGGCGAUCAAGGCUGGCUACGUGGCAGACGCUGUGUUGGUGGAUCCGACUGCCCUCUCCAUGCUGCCUCGAGCCGACCCUGUGGGGCAACUGGUGCUCACCAGACAAAGGUGAGAGGGCAUGGGCGGGUGAGUGAGGUGGCUUGGGUGGAUGAGGCUGUGGUGGAGAGGCAGCAUAGACAGCAGUGA